AUGCUAUCCACAUCUAGUGAAAGAACCAAUAGAGUUAACUAUACCCUACGUUUCAGUAACAUUGCCAGAAAUGUCUGGUUCUUUUGGAAGAAUGUGAUUCAAGAUGACGUAGCAAUUUGGUACACAGAUCUUCUCUUUCCUGUUUUUCCUGAUGCAGGACCCAGAAAUCCUGAGUAUGACGAUGGAGGGUCACCUGGGUAUUUUGCUGAAGGAUUCCUAACCAUACAACAUGCUAUUGACAGAGCCAUAAUGCGAUACCAUACAAAAAAUAAUGCAACAGAACUGUUUGAUACCAUCUCCGUUUUUAUAAAGAGGUUUCCAUUCCCAGCUGCCUCUACUGAUCAUUUCUAUACUGUUCUCAGCUUUUUUUUACCCAUAACAAUUUUAUUUAUUUUCUCCUUAAUCAUACUCAGUGUGAUCCGUCUUGUUGUGUGGGAAAAGGAAAAUAAAUUGAAGGAGUACCUCCGCAUAAUGGGACUUAGCAAUCUGUUGCUAUGGAGUUCAUAUUUCUUCAUGUACUUCAUGUUUCUUCUUUUAACCAUCAUUUUGCUAACUGUGAUAUUGUUUGUCAAGAUUGCAUACCUGCCAAUAAUCCGCUACAGUGAAGGAUCUUUGGUGUUUUUCUUUCUGAUCUGCUCUGCCAUUGUUUCCAUAUUCUUUGGCUUUAUGAUCAGCACAUUCUUCAGCACUGCCAAUACAGCUGCUGCUAUAGGAGGUUUCCUCUAUGUUAUCACCUUCCUCCCAUAUCCUUUCAUCCGUUCUUACUACAAUGUGCUGAGUCUUAAUAAGAAGCUGUUUUCCUGUCUUCUUUCAAAUGUUACAAUAUUCUUAGGGAUUCAGAUUCUAAUUACCUCUGAAAUUACAGAAAAAGGGAUUCAUUGGGGAACAAUUAUGCAGCCAGUCACCAGUAAUGAUGAUUUAAACUUUGGACAUAUCCUUGGAAUGCUGAUAUUUGAUUCUUUUUUAUAUGUCUUGGUGACUUGGUAUAUAGAAGCAAUUUAUCCAGGAGAUUAUGGAAUACCCCAGCCCUGGAACUUCUUCUUGAUGUAUUCCUAUUGGUUUGGGACUUCAACACCUACUGAGGAUAUUAACGUAGGACCUAAUAUCCCUUUUGAAAAUCCAUACAUUGAAGAAGAACCUGUGGGCUUGAAGGCUGGGAUUCAAAUAAAACACCUCUCUAAGGUGUUCAUCUUAAACCAUAUUAAGAAGCAUGCAGUAAAUGAUCUGACUAUGAAUUUUUAUGAGGGACAAAUCACUGUUCUUCUAGGACAUAAUGGAGCAGGGAAAACUACCACCCUGUCAAUGCUCACAGGUAUGUUCCCUCCAACAAGUGGAGAGGCAUAUAUCUGUGGGCUUGAGAUCUCCAGGAAAAUGGUUCAGAUCCGGGAGAGCAUAGGUUUUUGCCCCCAGCAUGAUAUGUUAUUUGAUCACAUGACAGUAGCUGAUCACCUUUAUUUCUAUGCUCAGCUGAAAGGAUUGACUCUGAAGGAGUGCCAUAAAGAAAUAGAUCAGACCUUGAAAUUUUUCAGCUUGGAAGAAAAGCGCAAUGACUUUUCAAAGUCACUGACUACAGGCAUGAAGCGAAAGCUCAGCAUUAGCAUUGCACUCUUGGGAGACUCCAAGGUGAUCAUUCUGGAUGAGCCAACAUCUAGGAUGGACCCUGUCACCAGAAGUAUCACCUGGAAUCUUCUUCAGCAGCAUAAACAUGGCCACACCAUCGUGCUGACCACCCACUAUAUGGAGGAGGCUGACCUGCUGGGUGACCGCAUUGCCAUCAUGGCCAAUGGGGAACUACAGUGCUGUGGCUCUUCACUCUUCCUCAAGCGCAAAUAUGGUGCUGGAUACCACAUGAUCAUAGUAAAGGAGCUUCACUGUAACCCAGAGGACGUUAGCCAAGUUGUUUAUCAUUAUGUGCCACAGGCCACUUUAGAGAGCAACUUUGGAGCUGAAUUAUCUUUUACCCUACCCAAAGAGAAUGCUAACAGGUUUGAAGCUUUGUUUACUGAACUGGAAAACAAACAAAAAGAUCUCGGUAUUGCCAGCUUUGGAGCAUCUAUCACAACCAUGGAAGAAGUAUUCCUUAGGGUUGGGAAACUGGUGGAUUCCAAAAUGAAUUUCCAAGCCAUCCAACUUUCUUCUUCGUGGAACCAGAAAGAGGAACCAAUGGGGAAAAAAUCAACUAUUAGCCGUGAUCAUCUUUGGAAGAGUCAUUCUAACACUUUCAUUGCCAGAAAUGUACAGGAUCUCUCUCUUACGUUCAACACUGGGUGUAAGCUCUACUGUCAGCAAUUCCGUGCCAUGUUCAACAAAAGAGCUAUGUACUGUUGGCGCAACUGGAAGAUGACAUUGGUACACAUUUUGGCACCUCUGGUAUUCAGUUCCUUAUUGAUCAGUAGCUUUCAUUCUUUAAUUCCUCAAAAUAGCCCAGCCUUGAAAUUGGAAUUAAGUGAAUAUGGCAAAACCAUUGUCCCUUUCUCUGUCUCUGGAAACACAUUUCUGAUUAAUGAGGCCUCAAAAUACUUGAAUAUUAUUCUAGAGAGUAGAGGACAACAGCUCAAGUUAGUGACAGGUGAAUUAGAAGAUUUCCUGAUUGAAAGCAAAAGCUGUAUUGAACACUGUAUUGUUGCACUUUCCCUGAAAGUCAUUAAUGGCAAGCUGAAUGCAAUUGUUCUUUUCAACAACCAGGCAUAUCAUUCCCCCGGAAUAGCCAUGGCAAUUUUGGACAAUAUCCUAUUUAAGCUGCUUGCUGGUCCUAAUGCUUCUAUUGUGGUUACCAACAAGCCUCAGCCUAGCAGUGUCUUCACUACUGCAAAAGAUAUUUUUCUCGAUACUACUAAUGGACAUGAAGUUGCCUUUAGUCUAUCUUUUGGCCUGUCUGCACUGGCCAGUACUUUUUCUGUCCAGACAGUAAAUGAGAGAGUAAAUAAAGUGAAGCACAUUCAGUUUGUGACUGGUGUAUAUGCAGUUAUUUUCUGGUUGUCUGCCCUGAUAUGGGAUCUCUUCAACUACUUCAUUCCCUGUUUACUGUUACUGGUGGUGUUCAAAGCCUGUGAUAUAGAAGUUUUCUACAAUCACUUUAUGAAUGUCCUGAUAAUCUUCAUGUUAUAUGGAUGGUCCAUCAUUCCCCUCAUGUACCUCAUGAGCUUCUUCUUUUCACGAAGUGCUGCUGCCUAUACCAAGCUUGUCAUGUUUAACUUCUUUUCAGGAUGGAUGAGUUUCCUAUUUGUCUUCCUUAUAGAAAUCAAAGUCAUUUCAGUCAUGUCCAACUCUUCAUGACCCCACUUGGAUGAUUUCUUUCUGAUGAUUCCUGGUUACAACUUGGUGAUGGCUGUUGGUGGAUUUUAUGAAUAUAUGAGGAACAAGAAGCUUUGUGAUUUGCUUUCUAAAGCAACAGCAGAUUGUCUUGAGUAUAAUAAAGCUGUCUACAAAAUGGACCAUAAAGGGAUCAGGAAAUUUUUGAUUGCCAUGGUCAUUUUAGGUUUCGUUUUUAUCUUCAUACUUUUCCUAAUUGAGAUAUAUUCCUUGAAGAUAAGAACUUUCCUCUGCUCUUUUAUGCAGCAACUCUCCCUCAGUAGCUCUGACAUGAAAUCUGAUCCAAAAAAGUUUCGUGAAGAUGACGAUGUGGCAAAGGAGAGAGAGAAGGUCCUGGCAUGCUCUAAAGAUAUGAUAUCAUCUUUGAACAGAGCACUAGUUAUUAGGAAACUCACAAAGGUAUAUUAUAAGCCAUACCCUUCUGUGGCUGUGGACAGACUCUCUCUAACAGUCCAGAAAGGAGAAUGCUUAGGGCUUCUGGGCUUCAAUGGUGCAGGGAAAACCACUACCUUCAAAAUGUUGACUGGAGAUGAGGUCAUCACCCAUGGGGAUGCCUUCUUUGAAAAUCACAGCAUCCGCAAGAACAUGAGAAAGGUGAGAAAGAUAGUUGGCUACUGUCCACAAGUUAAUGCUCUUCUGCACCAUAUGACAGGGAGGGAGAUAUUAAUCAUGUAUGCUCGGCUCCGAGGAAUCCCUGAGACUCAUAUCCAAGAGACUGUGGAACAGAUUCUUAAGAUACUACUAAUGGAGCUACAUUCAGACAAGCUUAUAGAGACCUAUAGUGGUGGCACUAAGCAGAAGCUGAGCAAUGCUAUUGCCCUAGUUGGAUUUCCAUCAAUCAUCUUCCUGGAUGAACCAUCCACUGGCAUGGAUCCUGUGGCCCGACGUCUACUCUGGGACUUGGUAACACGGACCCGUGAAUCUGGGAAAGCCAUUGUCCUGAGCUCCCAUAGCAUGGAGGAAUGUGAGAUGCUGUGCACUAGACUAUCCAUCAUGGCAAAUGGGAAGCUACAGUGCCUAGGCAGUCCUCAGUAUCUCAAGAACAAGUUUAGCAAGGGAUAUACCCUAGUGGCCAAGAUCAAGAGGAAUAGUAAGGAGACAGAGCUGGAACGUUUCAAGGAAUACGUCAUGGUGGCCUUCCCAGACAGCACAAUUAUACAAGAGCAUCAAGGAAUGAUCCACUACCACAUUUCAAGUGAGAAUCUCAGCUGGGCAAAGGUUUUUGGUGUGAUGGAGAAUAUCAAAGAGGAAUACAAUUUGGAGGACUAUUCCGUCAGUCAGACUACAUUGGAGCAAGUCUUCAUGAGCUUUUGUAAUCUAGGAGAGAAAACAGAAUGA